AUGUAACCCAAAGGCCAAGGCUAAACAUGGGGACAACAGUAUUGACGAGCGUUUUGUUUGUUCUAUUACCCGCGUUUCAAGUGAUUUUCGAGAAUGUCGUCGUUCUCUUAUCAACAGAGAAGAAAAACCAAAUGUGGAGAUAAGUGGUUACAGGCAAGAUCAACAUUUUUGGUUUGCACAGCAUGCCCUUUCACAAAAGAAAAUAAUGCAUCCGUCAAAAUCAGCAGAGAUUACCCUGCAGUCUCGUUCAACCCGGGGUUCACAAUAUCAUCUCCCCAAACUAAUUUCUUGUACUUUCAAACGCAUCCAGCACUAG